AUGGUCCUUGCUGUAAUAAGUGCCUGCUACAUAGGAACACCAAGGUAUAGUAACAGGUGUGAGCGACAUCUGGCUUAUUCACACAAAUAUGUAUAUUGUGCGCUUAAGCUCUGUGGAUUUUUUUUGGGGGGGGGACUGUUAAAAUUAAAGUGAUGGGACAUUCCUGAGCCAUGAUAUAUAUAGUGAAAUUAUCACCCUCCUUGGCACCCUCUUUAUGUAGUCUAGAAACUUACUUGGUUUUCUGACUAACUAGGCAAUUAAAGUGACAACCGGAGAAUUAGUCCCAAUGAAACAAACAAAAGAUAGACCACACAGAGCCAGUUUAAUUGUUGUCACAGGAAUAAUUGUAAAUGUGAAUGUUCAGAGGGUUGAAUCUUUUUUUCUUCUAAUGAAAAAAUAAUUGCAAAUAGUGUGUCGGACAGCACAGUUAUUUUGCCUGAAUCAGUGUAGCAAUUCUUGUGUACUGAAUGAUGCUUGAGAGGCCAGGCAACGAGGCGUGCAGACUUCCAAGAAUGAUGAACAAAUAGUGAGAGGGCAUUAGAAAAAGGGAUAAGAUCAUUUCAUGACACUUGCUCCUCUGUCUUUACUAGGUCUUUAGGUUCUCGGACUGUGUACAGAACUGGGUGGAAAUGCAGAAUUGCUGCGUCCUUUAUCUUUGCUGGUUUGUCCAUCCUUGACAUAAUUCCAGCAGCCAUUUGGCGACAGAAAUUGGACUCCUUGUACCUGGAAGUAUUAGCAAGUGGCACAGGCACAUUGGCAUGGCUUACUCACAGCCUGACACUACUUGCUCUCUACAAGUCUCCAUACAGCUUCAAUCGUGGCCCUACCAUCCUACUAAUCCUUGCCUUAUUUCCAAUCCCAUCACUUAUUAUAACCUUGGUGUGGCACUGCCAGACUGAGAUGGGUGGUCAGCAGCUUCAACCUGACACCAUUUUCCGGCUGUCUAUCCUCUGCCUGCAGUUAGCUUCUCUGCUUCUCUAUGUAGUUGGGUAUAUCAUUCCUACAACCAGCAGGCUAGACUAUUGCUCUCUCAAUGAUUCCUGGCAGCAAGAGCCCCUGGUCACAGACUCAGGGAUCCCCGCACCUUCUUGGCAGGGAGUGGCAGAGGAUGGAGAGAGCUGGCUCUCAUGUUUCUCCUAUGCUUGGAUGAACCCUCUGAUGAAGCGUGGCUACCUGUGGAUGCUGAAUCGGCCACAGGAUGUCUUUCAGCUCCCUCGACAGCUCCAGGCCAAUGCAGUCUGUGAACACUUCUACUCCUGCUGGCGGAAAAAAGCAGCUCUCAGCCAAGAGGAUAAAGAGACUGCAUCUUCAACGGACAGAUCAUUUGCCAAAAGUAACUUGAGAAUUGAUGAAUUCUCAUCUCCAGCACAUCCUUGUGAUACCCAAAAGCCUGUACAUCUCCUAUCAGUGUUGCAUGCUGCCUUUGGGCUACGCUAUUACUCUCUGGGCCUGCUCAAACUGGCUGGCAGUCUUUUGGCAUUCUCUGGGCCCCUGCUUCUGAACCUGCUGGUCAGUUUCAUGGAGUCACGCCAAGAACCUCUCAGCAAUGGGAUAAUGUAUGCACUGGGACUCUUUGCUGGUACCUUACUGGGUGCCCUAUUGCGUAACCAGUUCAGUUACCAGAUCAACAAGAUGAUGCUUAUGGUGCGCACUGCAGUUAUCUCUGCCAUCUACCAGAAAGCCCUCCGGGUGAGUGGCAGCAGCCUGGCUGGCUUCACCACUGGCGAGAUUGUCAACUUCAUGAGCACCGACACUGACCGCUUGAUCAAUUUCUGCCUCAGUUUCCACGAGCUGUGGAGUCUUCCCUUCCAAUUUGCCAUCACCCUCUACCUCCUGUACCAGCAAGUAGGCAUAGCUUUCCUGGGAGGCCUAGCUCUGGCUCUGCUUCUUGUGCCCAUCAAUAAAGUGGUUGCCAAUCGCAUCAUGGAAAACAACAAGGAAAUGCUGAAGCACAAAGAUGAACGUGUCAAGGUGAGAUGGGGAUAUGUGGUAUUUGAAGGCUUGCCAUACUGCUUGCCUUGUGAUUUAGGCUUAAAGUUGUUGACUUAUUUAGGUAUCCAUGUUAAAAAUGUUGAGUAGCAGAAAUAAUAACUGGAUGUUGCAAUGAUUUAUCAGGAAAUAAAUAACCAGCAGUGUAGGUAAACCAGCAAACACACACACAAAUCCAAGAGACGACAUGUCACCAAGUUCCAGAAACUGACCUACCAUGAAAUGAGAGCCUUGAAGGCCACCUAGUCCUCCUUGAUGCAGGAAAUCCAGAGCAAGCACAAUGGGCAGUGGUACGUCCAGGUCUCAGGCAGAGAUCUUACUCAGCUCUGGUGCCGGAGGUCCUUUAACAAGAUACAAGGAGUUGAAGCUGUGACCUCUUGCAUGUGCUCUAGCCCUCCUCGGGGAUGUUUCCCUUUGUAUACUGUUUCACUGAAGGAAUUGGGUUUCUGGCUACAGUACUUUAAAUGGAUCAUCCCAGUAUUUGUGUUGCACUUUGUUUCCCCGAUACAUCACCAAGCAAGAAGAGAACAUGACUUUGAUUCUGUGCUGUGUCUCAUAUAGCUAACUUAGGCCCUAGCUGAAAUAGAAAGCAUUGUGACAAAGAGAUGCCGGUGAUUGUUGUGUUGCAUCUCCCUUUACCUGCAGCUGAUGACGGAGUUCUUGUGUGGCAUGCGAGUGAUCAAGUUCUACACCUGGGAGCAGCAUUUUGCCAGCAGAGUGUAUACUUGCAGAGCCAAGGAGUUGAAGAGCCUUCGAGCAAUCAAAUACCUGGAUGCUGUGUGUGUCUACCUCUGGGCAGCAUUGCCUGUGGUUGUCUCCAUUGUCAUCUUCAUCACUUAUGUUCUACUUGGACACCAGCUCUCUGCUACCAAGGUAAGAGCUGUGCCCAUUCCUUGAUGAUCCCUCUGCCUAGGAUAUGCAGCUGACUUCUUUUGUUAUUCCAGCUUCAUUGGCUACCCAUUCGUUUCCAGGUUCAAUUCAAAGUACUGGUCAUUUACCUUUAAAGUGUUACACUGUUUGGGGCCAGGAUACUUGAACAACAGUCAUCCUAUAUGAUCUUGUCCACCCAAUGACAUCAACCGGGGAGGUCCUUUUGUACGUCCUGCCACUGUCAGAGAAGAAGUUGGUUGGGAUGCACAAAAGGGCAUUUUCCAUUGCGAUACCCCAGGAGAUUUGUAUCAUUCCUUGUUGAAGGCAACUUUGUUCCAGCAUGCUUUCUGUAUUUCCUCUUCCACUGCUAUUUGUUUGUUUUAAGUUAUUUUGGUUUUAUUGUUCAUUUUACAUUUAUUGGGUUUCUUUUUGUUUUUUAGUGAUGAAUGUUCACUGUCAUGGGAUAGAAAGGUUGUUUUUUAUAUAAAUAAAUGAACAGAUGAAUAAACUGUCAUGGUGUAUGCAAAGGCUUCAGAAGGUAUCACUGCUCAGGCAAACUUCCAGCAAUUUUAAACAUUGCUGCUAUUGAAGAGCAAUAGAAAGGGGGAAAUAAAAUUGCUUUUAGUGUCAGAAGUAAGGACCUCCUACCUGAGUGAUAGCUUUCCCUGGAAUGUGAGAAGUAAGUGGCUUCACAAGUGAGACAGACUCUAUACAGAGCAUUGUCUAGACAAAACAAGGUUCAUUGUCUUUCAAGCUUUACUCUUUUAUUACAAAUAUAAAAGCAGAAUCGGUUAGAAGACAAGAGGAAUAAAGAAGCAAUUGUCCACUAUUAUAAAAAAUAUAAAAAUCCUCUCCAGUAAAGUCAUAAUAUGAAAGCAGACAAUAUUAAAGUAUUAAAUAUUAAACCAACAGAGUGAUGGUUUCUUCCUUCCCAUCUCAGACUCUCUACCCUCCUCUUAGGCUUUUGUAGCCUUGGCUCCUAUCACAGUUCAGGAAUUAAAGCUUGCUCAGAAAGGUUAAAUCUGAGCUGAUGUUUCUCAGACAUAGACCCCAAGAUAACGCUCCCUAAUGGAAGUCCACUUAAAACACACCCUUGAACAUUUGAGCACACAUCACACUGUUCACAACUACUAAAAUGGCUUUUCUCUGGCUCUCUUUGGAUACUUCAGUUCUUUGCUUAACCCUCUGAGCUUUUUCAUCCCAUGAAAUCUUCUCUCUCCCCAUAGGUGUUUACAGCUUUGGCACUUGUUGGGAUGCUCAUUCUACCUCUCAAUAAUUUCCCCUGGGUGCUGAAUGGGAUUUUAGAAGCCAAAGUAUCUCUGGAUCGAGUCCAGCACUUCCUUGAGCUCACAGACCAGGAUCUGGAUGCUUACUAUAGCAGAGGUAUGGUGACUGGGGAAACUGGAGAACAGGUGGUGUUGGGUAAGACCACCAGAGUAGGGAAAGAAGUGCUCUUGAGUCGUUGGGAAUAGAUGUGAAAAGAGCAAGGGGGGUGCUUGUUCCUUUGGGUAUUCUGCUUGGCUACGGACUCAACCACAAAAUUUGGUGUUCAAGUGUAUCCUGAUAGCAGUGCUCCUUUUCCGGAUGCCAGUUUCCUCUCAUUUGCUAAUCCAGAGUUCCCAUCUUGUUGCUUCCACCAGGGAGCUCCAGUGGUAACACUCUAGGUUUCUCUCAAUGGCCAAAGUUGUGAAACCCAUGGGCAGGUGAAGGAAUAAGCAAGUUUUAUGGAAAGAUGGAUACCUUCUUUAUUUUGGAGCAUCUGCAUAGCCCUCUUAAGGAGGCAGCUGAUGGUCCAAGACAGUUUCCUGCAAAAGCCUGCAAACGUUCAUAGUUCCCAAAUGUACCUCUUGAAUAUGGGGGGAAGUCACCACAGCACUGAGGAACUAGGUUCAUUCACACAGCAGGACUCCCCCCCCCCCUCCAAUCGCAUACCUGCUAAACCUGUUCUGGGUUUCUCCCCAACUCUCCAGAGCAGAUUUAGGAGCCGCACAAGGGGGGAGGGAGUACCAUUGUGUGAGUAGAUCUCAUUCCACGCAUGUAACAAUGUUGUUAAAUCCUGUCCUAUUUACCUAUAGAUGUGCUGCUGCUUUUCCAUUGCAGACGGCCCUUCUGACCCAUCUUCUGUCCUGGAAAUGCGCCGCACCACCUUUUCAUGGUCACCAGCAAGCAAAGAAAAUGCUGAAUCCCACAUGCCCAGAGGAAGUUUGCAGCUCUUUAUUCAAGAUCUGGUGGUGGCAAAGGUGAGCAACAAGGAGCAACGGUCCAGGGAAAUGCCGCUGGGUCAGCCGUGUGAUAUGGGAGUCUUUGUACUUCCAUUCUGCAGAGAGAACAAGAAUGUGUUCUGAAUGAAUGAAUGUUUGUGAAGUGCUACAGCAAGGUUGCAUAACAAACUCUGAAACAGCUGGUGCCUCUUUCCCUCUGCAGGGCACACUGGUGGGAGUCGUUGGGAAAGUUGGGUGUGGAAAAAGCUCUUUGUUGGCAGCCAUCACUGGAGAACUCAGUAGGUAAAUAGUCAAUACUGCUUUGCUUCUUGUGUCUUAAGAACCCAUGAUUUCACCUGCAAGACUUAAGGCUUAAUUUGAAUCUGGUCUCACCAGAGUAUAGCCACAAAACCUAUUUCACUGCCAGGGCAUACAAGGUAAUAAUAAUCUAAUUAUUUGCAGUGAUUUUCUUUAGUAUUGAUGUGCUCAUUAUACUUACAUCCUCCUUUUACAUAUGGGAUUAUCAGAGGCCUCCCAUACAAGUUCCACAAUUUCUAAGCUUCAGCAAUACUUGCAAUAUCAGGUACUCCAACACUAUUCACUGGGCCCAUUCAAAGUGUUUCCUCUCACUAUUAGGUAACCACAAGCCUAAUCAUGACAAGGAUUAGAAAACUCCUAAGCACACAGAGGUCCAGCAUCAAACUUCAUAGAAAUUAAUGACUGGAAAGGCCUGUUUUCCAUACCCACUCUCAUGGCAAUUUUAAAUUCCUCCUCUUUUUUCCCUUGUCUGUUUCUCCUGCCCAUCUCUGGGAUGCAUACAGUCGAGGUGAGCAAGUUUACAUCUGGGAUCUGGAAAAAGGAUUUGGCUUGGCCACGCAAGAGCCCUGGAUCCAGUUUACCAGCAUCCGUGAAAACAUCCUCUUUGGGAAGGAAUAUGAUGCCAGGUUUUACCAGGAAGUCAUUGAGGCCUGUGCUCUCUCUGAUGACUUGAAUGUGAGUGUCCUAUGAGAAAAAAAUAGGUUGGCUCCCUAGGUACCAUUGGUGCUCUAUGUGCAUUCAACAAUCUGAUGUAUGGCUGCCCUUGGGAAUUCCCAGUGCACAGUGUAAGAGCUUUUAAUAGGCUGUAUAUGGAACUGUGUAGUCUCAAAUUGAAUAUAUUGAGAAGACCACCUAAAGCUUAGUAAUGCGAGUCUUAGUAAUGUGGACUUCCAGAGCUGUUUCCUAGCUUCUUGUUUCAAUGGUAAACAGAACCGGGUCAAAUUGGCAACAUUACCAAGAGCCCUCCUUUUCGAAUUUUGUGUUGCAUUUUCUUAAUACAAUUUUUUGUAUACAGUUGUCCCCAUGUAAAAAAGUUAGUCAUGCUUACUUUCCACUAAAAUCGGUGAAGGCCCCAUUUAAAACGAUUAACCUAGCCCAUUGUUUCAAAUGACUUAAGUGCAACUGACUUUCCUAGGAUUAUGGUCAAAGUACUGUUAUUAAUUAUAUGUUUCUUUUGGGAGUCAUCAAUAUUGAGGGGUAAGCUUCUGUUUUCGGUGUAUUCUUAUAUUCACUCUGCCUUUGGACUGAAAAGAACUGGAAUAGCAUUUUUCUACUUCAAGUUUGUCAUAUUUUCUUGUCAACAAUUGCCACUUUGUGCUCACACUAAUGAUAUAACCGAGUCCCAAGCACAAUGUGUUAGGAAGGUUCUGCUUUCCUUCCUUUCAAUGGAUUCAGAACAACAUUAACAGAACAACAGGUGGUCUGAUUUUGGCAGUGGCUGCCAACUGCCAUUUAAUCUCCUUGGUUUCUCUGCAGACAUUUUGGCACCUGGUUGCUUGUCCAGAAGGACUUUGCACUAGAGCUGUGAACCAAAGUCAGGGGUCCUGGAUGUUGCUAUAGCUCAGUGCAUCUGUUUAACACUUCUUAAAUUACUUAUCAUCUCUCUGUUUAACUUUUAGAUUUUGCCAGCAGGCGAUCAGACAGAGGUGGGCGAGAAUGGAGUUACACUCAGCGGGGGACAGAAAGCUCGAGUUGCGCUUGCAAGAGCUGUUUACCAGGUAUAUAAAGGGCUGGGUAAGCAGCCUCAGAUGGCACUAACUUGAAAUAGAAGUGGUGAUGCUUCCAUUGACAGGACCUGCCCUUAAGAAGAACUAGGGUGAAACAAACACCCCCAUCGUUCUACCCGGACACUGAGGUCCAGCGCCGAGGGCCUUCUGGCAGUUCCCUCACUGCGAGAAGCCAAGUUACAGGGAACCAGGCAGAGGGCCUUCUCGGAAGUGGCGCCCUCCCUGUGGAACGCCCUCCCCCAGAUGUCUAAGAGAACAACUACCAGACUUUUAGAAGACAUCUGAAGGCAGCCAUGUUUAGGGAAGCUUUUAAUGUUUGAUGUAUUGUGGUAUUUUAAUAUUUUGUUGGAAGCCACCCAGAGUGGCUGGGGAAACCCAGCCAGAUGGGCGGGGUAUAAAUUUAUUAUUAUUAUUAUUAUUAUUAUUAUUAUUAUUAUUAUUUAACAAACAAAUGAAGGUCAUUUUCAGAUGUUUUUCUUUCUUUUUUUACCAUCCUUAGUAUUUCAAAGUCAGAAAGCCAUAAUAUUUAUAUUACUGUUUUCCUUAGGAUAAAGACUUAUACCUUCUCGAUGACCCACUGGCAGCUGUUGAUGCAGAUGUAGCCAAACACCUUAUGCAGAAGUGCAUUCUGGGAAUUCUCAAACGUAAGACCAGGAUUCUUUGCACCCACAGAACAGAGUUUUUGGAAAAGGCUGACAUCUUAUUGCUAAUGGACAAUGGCAGAAUACUCAAGACAGGUAUAGCCUGGUGUUUUCUACCACUUUUGUUUCUCUAUGCCUAGGUUCUGAGCUGCCCUCCUCAGAGUGGGAAUUCAGAGGGUGAGUCACACGGUGUUUUUUAAAUCAAGCAGGUAGUGUUUUAGUUAUCCCUGUGCAGUUUGUUUGGGGUUUUUUUGCACUUUUUAAUACAUUUUAAUUAUUGAUUCAAUUGUUUCAUUUCAUUUAUUGUUGUUUUAUGAUUUUUUAAAAGUGGUUUUGUUAAUUUGGUAUCUUGUAAGCUACCCUGAAGGUUUAUCGGACCAUAAAUAGGCUAAAUCAGAUAAUAAAAUAGAAACUUCCACAAUGUGGGUAAACAACGGAAUUUGCAAGGAAUAUGCUGUGUUACUAAAAUAUCCAAAAUGGGGGAAAGUGCAACAACAAUGCAGGUGAGCAGAUGAGAUUAGGGAGAAGGGAAUUGUUAAGGGGUGCAAAUGAGGUUUCCAAAUAGAUUACAGAGCUAGAGUGAUCAGAAAUCUUUCUAGGCAUGCUGCUCUAUGUGGAGAGACAGAGCUUCACUCACAGGAUGUUCCUACAUGCAGAAAAAGAGGGGAGGCCAUUUUUGCCAAUUCCUCCUUCAGUGCUCCUAAGGAUCUGCUGUGGAGGAUUGGUAGACCCUCCAGAAUAGAGUGGAAGGUGGUGCUGAGGAUUGCAGAAAGAAAGGCCAACUGGUGAAACUCCCCAAAACACACACACCUUUAGCCAACAGGAGACCAUGCUGGAUUAGAGAAUAUUCCAUGCAGGACCUCUUUCUUAUGCAAAAAGGCAAAUCAGGACCAAAGAGAGGAGCCUCGGGCAGAUGAUAUCGCACUGUAACAGAUACAGAGUUAAGUUUCUGCCGAAUGCAACCCUAUUGGUAUUUUUUUCUAGGAACUCCAAAUGAGAUCCUGCCACUAGUGCAAGCUGCCCCUCAGCUCAGGGAGAUGGACAAGACAAUGAAGGAUAAAAGUAAGUUCUGGGUGUUUUAAGGAGGAUUUUAGUAUGCUUCUGCCGGAUACAUGGUAACUGAGCAAAAACAUUUAUGAAUCUUUUUGUUUGUGACCUUUUAGACCUCACAUCAGGACUAGUUGGCCAGGUUGAGGAGUGAACUAGUUUGGAAAUCUAAGGCAAAGAAGGAACAUUACUUUUCCCCAGUUGAGCAUGUAGGCCUCCUUGUUUCAUUUUGAGCAAAGAGUUAUAAGCUUCAGGUUUUAUUUAAUGCAUGGUUAUUCUUCAUUAUCUUGUGAAUUGUCCUGGAAUCCUAAUCUGAUGUAGACCACCUAAUCUGGUGGUCUAUAAAUGAAUCAAAUCAAGUUAAAAUAAUUGCCUAAACCUACUACAGUCAGUAAAAUAGACACCAGGGGCCAAAGAUUCUUAGUAUAAAGACUACACACACACAUACACUGCAUUUUAGCCUUAGCAUGAGGUUUCUUCAGAAGCUUUAUUUUGUUUGUAUGUAAGGGCAGGGGGGAACAGAUGCAGUAGGAGAUCUCAUCCUCUGCUUUAAGCAAAUUUGAGAGUGACAUAUGUCUGCCCUGAAAAGGAAAAGAGCAAUAGCUCCCAGUUAUAAACAGCCAGGUCUACAGACCAAAGUAGGAUGCAGCUGAUGGAAGUGUGGGUUUGCCAGGUAUUUUAAUUUAACUGAAAAUAUAUCACAAAAUGGGAAGUCUUUAAACUCAAGGGUACUUGGUUGCCCAUCAAGGAACCCUUCCUGCAUGCCAUGACCUGUAGUUGUUUUCUGCCUCCUAAGUACCCACUGAAUAUAGCCAAGAAGAAGAGGUAGAGCCUGAGGAAGACGAGCCAAAUGACGCAAAUUGUCUCCUCAAGCGAGAGGAAGAGAAGAAAGAAGGGGCUGUGGCUUUCCAGGUCUACCAAGCAUAUUGGCUGGCUGUGGGCAGCUGCCUGGCAUUGUCCAUCCUUCUCUCACUGCUGCUAAUGCAAGGUAAGGAUUUCACUUUCUUCCUCCUCUGGUCUUGGUUUCUUGCUGUCUCCCAUAAAUUCUGUGUCCUCUUGAGACAGCUAUCCUCCCUCUCCUGCCCCCCCACCACAUUCUGUUCUGUGGAGUUCUCCCAACCAAUUUCAGGGAGCACCAAGGGGCGGGGAAGGAGGGGAGAAGCCCCAUUGCGCAAGCCAAAGCCCUUGCACAGGGCUUGCUUUGACAGGACCCGUGAGGUGAAUCACACCCUAACAGUUUGGACAGUUAAAAUGGACAGAUAAAUUCACCUUGUGGCUACUUUUACAACUCAAAACUCACAUGAAAGGCCUCUUAACUAGCUGCUAAUUUUUGAAUUGGUAAAGUUAAAUCUCACUCAUUGAUACUUGUUCAUUCUUACAGCUUCUAGGAAUGUCUCUGACUGGUGGUUGUCACACUGGAUUUCCAGCCUACCCCGCCCAGAAAACGCCUCUGUCAGCAACCUGCCAGCUUUGCCUUCCUCACAGUUGCUGCUCUUCUCCCAUGGGGGACUCGUGUAUGUUGGUAUAAGCUAUGAACUGAGUCUGAGGACUAAGUCUGUCAGUGAAUGUGCAGAAACACGUGGGCUUUGUUUUGGCAGCCCCUUUGUGAAGGUUUGCCUUGGCAUGAGUGGAAAACCGAACACUACCGAUAGAGCCGCCAAAACUUAUAGAAACGAAAGAGAAGCUUGGCGGAAAGAUCUAAAAAAACCUACCAGAUGGGUUGCUGAGAGGAAAUGGGCACCUAGGUGCAGGGAAGGAUUGGGGAACUUCUGGCCCAUGCCUGGUCCCCCUGGCAAGCUUAUCAAGCAUGGAGGUGAGGUGAUAAUCCCACCCAGCUGGCACAACUUUUUUUUUUUUGUUUCAAGGGUUUGGCCAUGAAGGGAGGACUACCAGGCAAGUCGGCUGGCUGGCUGCUUCACCUCCACCCCCACCCCCCGAUCUGCUACUGUCUGACAUUUCCCCCAUACUCACUGGGGUGUUGUCAGGGAGACACUGGGUUGCCUCUUUGCCUCAGAUGCCGCACCAGGCCUGAGCAUAAUGGGAGGGACCAGCGUGGAGCCUUCUUAGGAAUACCCCUUCCCCUCACUUUGAGAGCGGUCCUAUUGACUUUGCCCAAGACCUGGCAAAGGAGCUGGACAUCAGGUGAGCUGCCAUUCCUGACUGAUCUUGUCUGUCUCCUCAGCUCUCCAGUCUUUGCCUCCGUUCCUUCAAAUGGCACUUUGGACGUGAACUUUUACCUGACUGUGUACGGCUGCAUUGCUGGGGCCAAUUCUGUCUUCACGAUGCUGAGAGCCUUCCUCUUUGCCUAUGGCACCAUUCACGCUGCAAUUGUCAUUCACGACAGGCUGCUCAAAAGGGUGAUGAAGGUAAAGUCUGUCAGACAGGACAGCUCUGGGUCCUGGAAGCUCUGCUUGGGGACAGGGGACAGGCAGGAGAAGAAGGGGAGCUGCUCUUAAAGCCCACCUCCCUGCUUUGCUCUUCUUUGGGGUUCAUAUGUCCAGACCCCAUUUAAUUUCAGUUGACUGUUGUAGAAGGUAUUAAUCCUUUGCUGAAGUGCUGACCACGAACCCCAGAGGUCUCUUGAGAGAAAUGGCUCGAGAAAAUAAUCAUCACUAUGGUUUGGAAACGCAGUAUUUCCUCUUUGUUUAGAACAGGUUAUACAGUUCUUAUAUCUGUCUUGAAAAUAAUCACGCAAACCAAGGUUAGGAUAAGAUAGUCACUUGCUUAGGAUACUCCUCUUCCCCACAGCAAGUCUCAUAGCUGGAUCAUGAAGGUGACUUUGUAUUGGGAUGAGGCGUCUUUGUUAAGAACUUGUUGUGCAAAGAGGAGGGAAAAGAAAAGAGAUGGCAUAUUAUCCUGUUGGGCAAGCUCAAACUAGCAUUCCUCCCUGUUCCUCCACAGUUUAUGCAGCAAAAAAAUCUGAUUAGCCUCCUUCCCUCUUGGGCUUUGGUUUGAGGUCACUCUACUUACAUGGGUGCAGGUCCUUGCAAUGGCCCAUCAAAAUGCUUAUGGCAAGGCUUGUCCCAGAGAUAGAAAAAAAAAAGUAGGCUAAAGGCUUUAUAUUUCAUCAAACAAACUGGUUCUAAUCCUUUAAAACAAACCCUUUGCUUUGUCUAGUGAUUCAAAACUGUUUCAUGUAAUAAGUUUUUAUAUCAUGGGAUAUAAUUUGGCUGUUCCUGGUUCACUGGAACAGCAUUCCUUGUUGAGAUAUGCCCACUAUCUGUAAUUUCCUGAAACAACUGAUGACAUUUUUUGUUUCUACAAGCUUUUCCAGCUGGAAAAAAUAGGUCUCUGCCGCUAUUUUUUUUUUUACUUAAAAAAACACCUACCUUUGGGGGGGGUUAUGCCAUGUCUGUAAAUUUGCUUGAGAUGUAUGUAAUAAUAAUAAUCAUCAUCAUCAUCAUCAUCAUCACAUUUGGGAGAAGCAUGUAUUGUAUGUUAAGUGUUUUGUCUUGAGUACAAGAAUUAAGCAGCUGAUGUGUGCCAUAAUCUCUAAAUUACUUAGCUGCCACAAAAAACAGCCUCUGGACACAGCUUCUUUUUAGGACACAGAUCAAUCUCUAAAAGUGUGAAACAGCACACAAUGGUUCACUACAAUCUUUUUCUUCUAUUGCCAGGCCACAGUGACUUUCUUUGACACCACGCCAACGGGCCGCAUCCUUAAUCGCUUCUCCUCAGAUCUGUACUGUGUGGAUGACAGCCUGCCAUUCAUUCUCAACAUCUUCCUGGCCAACAUCUUUGGGCUGCUGGGCAUGCUUGUGAUGAUCACCUAUGGCCUGCCUUGGAUCGGCCUCGUUCUGCUGCCCCUGGCUGCCAUCUACUACUCAAUUCAGCGCUAUUAUCGGCGCACCUCCCGAGAACUCAAACGCCUCUACAGUCUCACCCUGUCCCCCAUCUACACUCACUUCUCAGAGACCCUGACAGGCCUCAGCACAAUCCGAGCAACCAGGGCCACAGGCAGGUGAGUUUUGCUCUUCAGGCAGGGAAGGUCUAAAUAUGCACAGAAAGGGCUGACCUGGGGAACUGGUCCUGUGACCGCUGAGAAAAAGAGGUACUGAGAACUGCAAUGGAUCUCUUCCUGAUAUUAACCUCUGGGUUGUAUCCAGUCUAGGUUUGAGACAGAGAACCAGCUGCGACUUGAACUGAAUCAGCGCUGCCGUUUUGCCAGUAACACCGCAAUGCAGUGGUUGGACAUUCGGCUGCAGAUGAUUGGAGUUGCUGUAGUUACUGCUAUUGCAGGAAUCGCCAUCAUCCAGCACCAGAAAAAAAUGGGAAACCCUGGUGAGCCACCUGAUUAUGACCUCUGAAGGAGGCAUCUUCUUCUGUGGUCAUCUUUUACCAUUGACAUCUCAGAAUGCUUCUUCUUUCCACCACUCUCUGACAUGGAUCCUGGAUAUCUGCUUUUGGGAGGACUAGAAAGCAGCUAAAUAGUAGUUUGAUCCACCCAGGACCUACCUUUAUACCAGCAUGUACUACGGGACUCAUUUGUCAUUUUUUCAUACUGUAUUUUCAUUUUUUAUUGAUUUUCCAAAUUAUUACAAAUCAAACCAAGUUAAUUUAAUACAAUUUCUUAAAAUCAGGUUUCCCACUCCCGUUUCAAUCAUAUGUCCAAGAUUUCCCCCAUAGCUGCUUCAUUUCUUAUUUAGUCUCCAGCUGAAACCCUUCACUUGCCAUUUAACCAUUCUUCCAGUUGCCUGCUUUUUCACCUUUUUCACCUUCACCUCAAUUUCAUCUUGUAGAUAUAUCAUCCAUUUCAUGUGUGUAGCCCUUCCAGACCUGGAGUGUUGAAAGAAUUUAGUUCUUUCUCUCGUUCAGUUCUUUGCAGUGUUUAUCUGAGUGGUACAAGGUCAUGUUCUCUUCCAUUCUGCUGUUAUCAAGCUGACAUGCGAACCACAGCCAUCAAUAUCUCACAGAGUGAACUCUCCAGACAUCUGCCAUUAAAUUCACCUCUGGAGUUCUUUCUCGGCACACAAUACACAGCAAAAUCUUUUCUAAGAUUCAGCCUCUCUUCAGCAACAGCUUCAGGUCAUUUUUCUUUCCCCCCACUGCAUGCAUUCUAUUUUCAUCUCUCUCUCUCCCAUCUUUCUCUUUUAAAAAAGAAAGAAGGGGGUGGGGAUACUCUAGCCUGCCUAAGUUUACAACCCAGCCCAGUUGAAAGCCAAUGAUCCAGCUGAACUCCCCUAUAGUUUGACAGGGUUCUCUGUUCCCAAAUGUGUUAGGCCAUAAAAAGCAGACAGAAGCACACUGAAGGAAAGAGAAGCAAUGCUCAUCUUGCCCAGUGUACGUAUGGGAUAAUUAGAUAGAUACAGAUAGCUAAAGCAAGUGAGCUGGUGCAGACAUUAAGGGGCAGAGAAAAGAAUUGAAAGCCAGUCUUACAUACCCUAAAAAUAAUUUAGGGUUCCAGUUAGAUUUUGAAUGUGCAAGAAAAAUCCACCCCAUCAAUUCUUUUGCAAGGGACACCUUCUUAACAUGCUGACCUCUCUCUUUCUCCUCUACUUACCCAUAUUGGAACUGGGCCACUGUUGUUUCCCUUGCUUCAGAGUUGUUGUGCUUUUUGACAAAGCCUUUUUUGUCCCCGCAGGUCUUGUGGGCCUGGCCCUUUCCUAUGCCCUUUCGGUCACAAACUUGUUGUCUGGACUCAUCAACAGCUUCACCCAGACAGAGACCAUGAUGGUGAGUGUGGAGCGUACCGAGGAAUAUGCAACUGAGAUUCCCGUGGAGCCUCAAGAGGAGCUACUCCAGGUAAGGGUUCAUUGCUGGGUCUCUUGUGAAUGAUUGGAGGUGCUCUUGCAGAACAUCUGAUUCCACACAGUCCCAUAAGCACAGGCUCUUUGGUCUGCAUUAGUUCUCCAUCUGUUGAGCAUUCUUCAGAGGAGGAGGUAGGCAUCCUGGAGCGGGUAACUACUGUCAACAAACUUCCUGCCCCUUUUGGUGAGAGAGUUCCCCUCCCAUAUUUAUCCUGCUUCACCAGAACAGCAAGGGUUUUGGGAGCUAUCUGGCCUUCAAGGAAUUUCCCUCUUCGCUCCUCAUUCAGCUUGUCAGCAGGGAUUAAGGUAGAGUAGGAGGAGAUAUUUUUAAAAGCCCAGCAAAAAAAGACCAGAAGGAGACAGACCUUCAGCUAAUCUGAUGCAAUGGCAGCUUGUUUUAUUGAUUUGGAUUGGUAAACCUCCCCUAGUUUCUCUGUGGCCAAUGGUAUGCACAGUAGAGUCCUAUUCAUGGAAUGAAGCCUCUUCCACCAUCACUGAAGUCAACAGCAAGCACAAAAGCUCAUCAGACAAGGGUACAGGGAAGCUCAGUCAUCUUUCAUCUCACUUCUAGACCUGGACCCCAAUAGAUUCAAAAUGACAGCCACUGUCACCUUUGCAACUGAGACAACAGUAAGCAUUGUCACAUUGGGGCCCUUGGAUCUUCUCUGCUCCCACUGCUGAUCAUGGUGAUGGCAAAUCAAAAAGGACUUAGGAUAAGGAAGUAUUGCUGCUGCAUUAUUGCUUGCACCUUUUUCUCUUUUUUCAAGGUUUCACCUGAUUGGCCAAGUCAGGGUCACAUAGAGUUCCAGCAAGUAGUGCUGGCCUAUCGGCCUGACCUACCCAAUGCCUUGGAUGGGGUGACUUUCACAAUCUACUCUGGGGAGAAAGUGGGGAUAGUUGGGCGGACUGGAUCUGGCAAGUCCACCCUCUUUCUGGCCCUUUUCCGUAUGGUGGAGCUGAAAGCUGGCCGGAUCCUCCUGGACAACAUUGACAGCCAUUCUGUAGGCUUGAAAGCACUGAGGUAGGUCAAGGAGUAAGCCACAAUGGCAGCAGUGUCGCUGUUGCAGCAGCUUGAAAAGUCAAUUUAAUGCGAUGCGGAGGGGCUGUCUCAGAAUGUCAGGUUCCCAUUGGCCCUGUUCGCCUCUAAGCUGUGCAGUCCAGUGAGCCUUCCUCUGUCCUUCCUCUUAGGUCUAAGUUGGCCAUAAUCCCCCAGGAUCCCUUUUUGUUCAGUGGGACAAUCCGUGAGAACUUGGACCCUCGGGGGCAACACACAGAUGCCGACUUGCUGCAAGUCCUAGAGCAAUGCCAUCUGCAGGCAGUGAUUACAGAGAUGGGUGAGUACAUUGUUUGGAGAACAGAAAUGAACUGCUUGUUAUGUUUGUUGGGAGGGAGAUAAUAAUAAUAAUAAUAAUAAUAAUAAUAAUAAUAAUUAUAAUUAUAAUUAUUAUAAUUUAUUAUUUAUACCCUGCCCAUCUGGCUGGGCUUCCCCAGCCACUCUGGGCAGCUUCCAACAAAAUAUUAAAAUACAGUAAUGCAUAAAACAUUAAAAGCUUCCCUAAACAGGGCUGCCUUCAGAUGUAUUCUAAAAGUCUGGUAGUUGUUGUUCUCUUUGACAUCUGGUAGGAGGGUGUUCCACAGGGCCGGUGCCACUACCGAGAAGGCUCUCUGCCUGGUUCCCUGUAACUUGGCUUCUCGCAGUGAGGGAACCGCCAGAAGGCCCUCGGCGCUGGACCUCAGGGUCCGGGUAGAACGAUGGGGGAAAUAUUAAGAACCUAGAAAAGAAUCUGCCAAAACCUAUUGGUCUUCAAUACUGGUCAGAGUAGUAAGCUGAAGGAAAAUUCACUAAACAACUAUGGGGUGGAGGUUGCUGGAAACCAGCGGAAGCUGUUGUGAUUUUUUAAAAAAUAAAUAAAAAUGGCCUCAAUAAAACCCUUAAAAGCAGUUUCCCUCAUCUUUGGGUCACCAGAUGUCGUUAGACUACAACUCCCAUCAUUUGAGCCAGCACGGCCAAUGGCCAGGGGCGAAAGGGGUUAUAAGGCAACUAAGCCGGUCCCCAGGUGUUGUUGGACUACAACUCCCAUCAUCCCUGAGCUCUGGCCUUGCUAGCGAGGGGUGAUGGGAGUUGUAGUUCAACAACAUCUGGGGACCCACAGGUUGAGAAAGGCUGGCACAGAGGGUUUGUGAUCUUUGUUUCUUGUUCCAAUCUCAGCCCUUCUUGCCUACAUUCAGGCCUUUCUCAUUCAUCUGAACUAGUGUUAAGUAGAGGCAAAGUUUUGAAACUUACAUUAACUCCUCUACUCUCUUGCUCCAUGCAGGUGGGUUGGAUUGUGAGCUGGGGGAGAGAGGAAAGAGUCUCUCCGUAGGACAGAGGCAGCUGGUUUGUUUAGCAAGGGCUCUCUUGACCCAGGCCAAGGUGAGUGAUGUCUUCUCAAAGUGGGUUCCACAAAGAUGCCUGAUAUUUUUUGUUUGUUUGGGACAACUGUGGGGAAGGAUCAUACUGCAAGACUUGGAAGGUGUGAGGAGGAUGUAUUAGCUCAAUAACAAAAAGAGGGAAAGCUGGAUAAAAAAAUGGAGCAUUCUCCCUGUGAGGAAAGGUGACAAUGUUCGGGUCUUCUGAACUGAGAAAAAAAGUGACUAAGGGGGAACACUAUGGAGGACCAUAAAAGUAUGUACAGUGGUACCUUGGUUCCCAAACGGCUUAGUUGUCAAACAAAUCGGCUCCCAAACGCCACAAACCUGGAAGUAAGUGUUCAGGUUUGCAAACGUUUUCCGACGCAGCUUCCACUUAAGUGCAGGAAGCUCCUGCAGCCAAUCAGAAGCCACGCCUUGCUUUUCGAUCUGUUUCGGGAGUCGAACAGACUCCCGGAAAGUAUUAAGUUCGAGAACCAAGGUACCACUGUAUGGUUUGGGGAAGUGGAUAGAGAGAAAGGUUAGGCUUUUUCUUAAAACUCUAGAACUCAGAGUCACCUAUUGAGAUAGACAGACAAAAGACCAUAUUUCUCCACACUGUACAGAAUUAGUUUAUGGAAUUUGCUACCACAGUAUGUGGUGGUGGCCCCCAGGAUAGCUGGCUACAAAACUCAUUCCCCAAAUGUUUAUUGAAGCAGUGAGAGGGUGCUCACACUGCGCUGAAAAAAGCAAUUUUAUUCAGUUUAGACAAAUCAAUGUAGGACAGGACAGUUAGUGGCUAACAAUUUAUUAACUAAAUCGCACCUCCUGGUUCAGAGGCAGUGUUUUAUUUCUUUAAUUAAAAGCAUUUCUAAAUUGCUUAAUAUUUUUAGAAACUAAAGAAGCACUGUCAUACUUCUAGGAGUACAAAGGUACAAAACCAGAGCAAUAUAAUGACGCAGAGCUAAAAAUGCUAUACAAACAUACCAAUGGUAUAGCAUUCAGCCUUAUGGGUCAGGAAAAUCUUGUGCAAAAAGAUACAGCAUUACAGAGUCUAGGGGCAACUGUGGACAAUGUCCUUUUUCAGUAUAACACUGAAUACCAGUUGCUGGGGGCCAAGAAACACUGGAAAGGCCUCUUGCUUUCAUGCCCUGUUUGUGGGCUUCCCAGCAUGGCUCUCGAGUUCUUACAACGGUUAGAUUCCACAGUGCCUGAUUAAAUUAAAUGUGUUGUAUUAAUAAGCAGGACCAAGAGUUGUGUUCAUCAGCGACACUCUUCUAAGUGUUUUCAUUUUGUCUCAUUGACAGGUUCUGUGCAUUGAUGAAGCCACAGCAAGUGUGGAUCAGAAGACAGACAGAUUACUCCAACAGACCAUCCGCCAGCGAUUCACAGACAAAACUGUACUGACUAUAGCUCACAGGUGCCUUUUUGUUUCUCAUUUAGCCUGUUCUCCAGCUUUCAAGCAGCAACGCUCAGGGAUCACAGAAUCACCUUGCCUCAACUUUAUUUACCUAAUGCAGUUUUGCUUGCACACCCAGCUCUCUGAACAGAUGAUAACUAUCCACAGUGGGUGGCAGAUGCAGGGAUGUCACAACCACAUGCCUUUUGAUUUACAAAUCUGAAGUGCUUCAGGAAGUAUUAAUUAGUAUCAGUGCUUGGAUUAUGGGAGGAAAGAGAGCUUUAAUGAAAUCCACAAGUCUUGCUCCUAGCUUUCCUUAAUUUUAGUCAAAUUACAGUAUUUUUCGCUCUAUAGGAUGCACCCGACCAUAAGACGCACCUAGUUUUAGAGGGGGAGAACAAGAAAAAAGCAUUCUCUCCCUCUCUGCGCAGCGCCCCCUUCAGCGAAGCGGCAGGAGAAGCGGAGCCCCUUCCAUUUCUUCUCCCGCUUUGCUGAAGGGGCGCUGCACAGAGAGGGAAAGCUGCGCAGCACCUCUCCAGCGAAGCGAAGCCAGGAGAGCAAGAGGGAUCAGUGCGCACUGACCCCUCUCGCUCUCCAGGCUUUGCAUUGCUGAAGCCAUGGAGCCUGCAUUUGCUCCAUAAGAUGCACACACAUUUCCCCUUAAUUUUUGGAGGGGGAAAAGUGCGUCUUAUAGAGCGAAAAAUACGGUAUGUCCCACUGUUAGGUAGCUUGAAUCCCAUUUCAUGCAGCAACUGACUUCAUAGUAGUCAAAGAUAAUUAUCACUUAACAUGGCUAUCGAUGUAUUAUUUACCUGAAGCGUUUUCCUGUUAUUUAGCUGACAGGGCUCCCAGAGUGACUUACAGCAAUCACUUGUAAGACAGCAAAUGGUGGUGUGUAUACAACCUGACCUCUUCUGUACGAAUGUUGCAAAAUACCCAGAAGAGCAGCUCUGCUUUUCAUCUUAGUAAGAGGCUGCACAGGGUUGCAGGCUAUAUCUUGCAGGCCUUCAAUUAUAUUAUCAGUGAGUAACAAAUAAGAAACGUGAGGCUUAGGUCUAGUUCUUACACACAACAAACAAGCUAGCAAAGCUGUUUCAAAAUUGCUUUGUUAUUCACAUGCUUGAAGGCUUCUGCAUCCAAAAAAUAAAAAAAUAAACUCGUUGACACCUGAGAGAUGCACAGAGCCACACAGUUGCAAGGGACCUCAACAGUCAGAAAGUCAAAGCAGAGAAUAUCACUUCUACAGCAUCCCUCAUAGGAAGAGGCUGGAUGGCCACCUAACAGCUGUUAGGUGCCUAUAGAUUUACAGCAAUAGCUGAAAGGGAGUACUCUUUUACCCACUUUGAGGUACUGUGAUAAAAGAGAGGGCAGCACUUUUCAGUUCUCUGCUCUUUCCAAAAUAAGAGCUUACCCUGCUGCUGUGUUUAUUUCAGGUUGAACACUAUCCUGGACUCAGAUCGAGUGCUGGUGAUGCAUGCUGGGAAGGUGGCAGAGCUUGAUUCCCCUGCUGUUCUCAGCCAGAAGCCAGACUCCUUGUUUCAGCAUCUUCUGCACAGUGGGCAGCAGUGA